CAGUGAGGUAAGAACUAACAUUAUAUCAUCAAGUGAAAAUGUUGUCACGGAAAAAUAAAGACUCCCGUACAAUAAAAGAAGGAGUUGUGGGAAAGUAUGUGCGGAAAGAAACACCGCCAGAAAUGCAGAUCAUAAAUGUCUGGUCGACAGAACCUGUGAAAAAAGGGCAACGUCGAAGACAAGAGUCCCCCUCAAUGAUUAAUGGCCAAGGUAACAGCUUAGUCCAAAAGUUUGGUAAUAGUCGUGCCACCCCUUCACCAACCUUAUUAGGUCAUGAAGGAAAGUACACACCAAGCACUUCAGUCCCAGACCUAGCCCAAAGAUUUACAAGUUUGAAUGUGAACGCAGAUCAUUUACGUCUUCCUCCUCAGUCGGUCAUAGUUCCUGGUAUGAGUCAUUCCUAUAUCAACCAGUAUGCUGAGUCAGAUUAUAGUCUUGACAAGCAAUCAUCAAGUUCCAACUACCUAGCAAUCCAUCAUAACACUCCUGACACAGUGGUACGCUACGAGCCACCAAAUUUCACCUACUUUCAGCAGGUACCAAUGGCUUACAGCCAGCAGCAUACAAUUCACCACCCAGAUCACAAUUUACAGCUUGCUCAAUCGCAAUUGGAACAUGUUUCAUCUUUUCGCCAGUCGCAACCAACGCAUGCAGACUCUGAUAAUAGUGAAGAACUCCCCCUACCACCAGGUUGGUCAGUAGAUUUCACACUACGUGGCAGAAAAUAUUACAUUGACCACAACACCAAAACAACCCAUUGGUCCCAUCCAUUAGAAAAAGAAGGGCUACCCACCGGCUGGGAAAGAAUCGAGUCCCCAGAAUAUGGAAUCUACUAUGUGAACCAUAUUCGACGGCAAGCUCAAUAUGAGCACCCUUGCGCACCUCAGUAUAUCUACCAUCCAGAACUGCGGCUUACAUUGACUCCUCCUCCACGACAUACACAUUUCCACCCCCAUAGCGUUUUAGUUCCUGCUAAUCCUUACCUCAAUCAAGAAAUUCCUUUAUGGCUUAGUGUGUACUCCAAAGCACCCAAGAAUUAUGAUCACAAACUACGCUGGGAAAUGUUUAGACUGACAGAACUAGAUUGUUUUAAUGCGAUGUUAACAAGGUUGUACAAACAGGAACUGGAAGAAAUAGUCAUGCGGUAUGAAGCGUACCGGUCAGCACUGAUGUGCGAGAUGGCUAAACGGGUUGAAGCACAAAAUUCUAUUCAAUAUAUGCCAGUGACACAUCAAGUCCUAAAAGAAGCAGCUUUGGCCGAACAAUCAGAAACUAAAGUUUAAAUCACUUUUUCGUGGUGAAAGUAAAAAACUUAUAUUUUGAUUUGGGACAUGUAGCUUUCUUUCUGCAUUUUAUUUUUUAAAAAAAAAUCAAUGAACAUUAUUUCUCGGAAUUUUUGCUGCUUGUUUUCUCUCUGUACAGAAUUUUUUGGAAAAUUUCAAUUAGUAACUUUCAUUUUUUUUCUUUGAGAAAAAAUAAAAGAGCAGUGGUGCUUUUGAAACGUCACAAAAACGAAAUGUGUUUUUCAACUUCCGCUAUCGUUUUAUGAUUUUAUCAAAGGUGGGCUUUCAAAACAAACAAAUACCUUUUUCCUCUUAUAGUUUUGCCAAUUAUAUAAGACGAAGUGAAUAAAGAGGCAUUUUAGGUGUCUUAGUUGCUGACUCCAGACUAUCUGUCAUGAGUUAUUCUUUCAAUGGAAAAUCACUGAAUGGCAAAUCUUAAAAAUUACCGUAAUUUUCCUACUCUGCAAAGAAAAUUACUUGAAAACUUCAAGAAUGAUGUUGAUUUUUUUGCCGUCAAGAAAAUAAAAAAAGGAUUGAAGAUUAUAAAACAUUGCGAACAAGAUACGCUGUUUGGGAGUUUCACUGUUGAGUUGUAAUAUAUUACCAGAGCAGAGGUACACUUCCUGAACUUUGCAGUAAAAUCUGAACUUAAUUAUGUUUUCCUCAUGUUUUUCGUAAAAUGUUUUCAGAAUUGUGUGUUUGUAUCGUAAAUUGCAGUCAUUUUUCAGUGCCUCAUCUUUAAAUCAAAUUCGCCUUACAAUUUUAGUACUUGUAAAUAUUACCAAUUGUGAUUAUGUGUCUGUAGCAGGUUGUAAUAAGCGCAUAGCUCUUGUGUCAUAAUUUGAAAGGGCUGAAUAUUUAAUCAAGCUUUGAAACUUUCCCUCUAAUUUUCAGCCGUAAAAUAGUUUCACUUUUCCAAUUUCUCAUUUCCCUCAGUUAAAGAGUGAAAUUUAACAGGGUCAAAUUCAUAUCCUCACAAACAUUUAUGAUUAUUAAUCUAUGAGAUGUAGUAACAAGAAAUCAGUCAAGAAUUUACGGCUACUCAAGGAUUAGUGUGCAA